GCGCAGUUGAGCUGUCCACACGAUCUGGCUAUGGCGACGGCGAUGGGAUUCUCUCGAGCUUCCCGGACCUACGGCGGGACGUGUGGCUGCGACAGUGGUCUGGCCACGUCGGCGAGGAGAGCGGCGCGAGUCUCCGCGGCGUGAAUCCUGCUCCCCGAUGUAUUCGCAAUCGGCUGGAAUCAAGAGAAGAAGGGCGCGAGCUCCGGGCGGUGCACACGCGGGAGAGCCGCCGGAUACGAGGCAGGGACCGGCCGCGGCGGCGCUGGGUCUAGGUCGCUGGUCGAGGCCGUGUCAGGUCAGCCAUGGCGGUGGGGAGCGACAUAAGCUUGUACCAGAUCCUUACUACUACGAGUCCAAAAAAAAAUACUACUACGAGUCCAAGACGUCGACACCAUGGGGACGGGGAUGGAUGAUCUUGGCCAUAGAGAUGGGGUGGGCUCGGUGGAGCAUGGCCAUGGGAACAGAGACUUGUCUUACUGAGGAAACCCUCGAAAUUGCGAUGGCGGGGAUGACGUUGAAGGCGUUGGCCGCCGCUAGACACAUGCCUGCAGCCCAUGACCGAAGGACUGCAAGCAUGCCAAGCUGGUGUUCGUGCCUCCUGUUGAUGCGACCAGUAUAUGGAUGUGGCAGCUCACCAAGGCGCACAGCUCGUCAACCACUGGUACGAAUCAAUGGGCAUCAUCCCAAUUCAGAUUUCCUCCUGAGGACCUCAUUCCAGUUGAUGCAUACAAACGGAGAUUGUAGUGAUACAGGCUUAGGAUGCACGUUUGCAAGGAGCCUCCAUCUCGUCGAAGACCUGACCAUUCUCCUUCUUCAACCUCUUUUCACAAGAACAUGAUUCUGUUUGAGCUGCCGAAACAGCGGCAAUAUACCAAGAAUACUUAGAUUACUUGGAGAUCACAAGGAACAGAUUCGUAAUCAGGCAACAACCAUGUCCUAAUGAAGACUUGCAGAUCCAUCUGUCGGAUCAUUGCUUGGCGCAGUUCAAUUUCAUGCCAACAAGUAUGUUUCCUGUAAUUGGUUACUACAGUUCUUUUUGUGAGGAGGUGACAUAGGCUGCCAAUAAAUGAGAACAUUGAAGAUGAAUUCUAAGUUGGUGAGAG